AUGCUCUUCGCCGUCAGUUCUGCUGUUGCUCAUGUGCCCGGGGUUAGUAAGAGCAUUAGUGCUGUAAUUGUGGUGCUUAGAGCUUUCACUGGAGGCCCACCGGAGUUCUCUCUUAUGCAGGAUAUAAGGAGUCCUGUGCGGCACUUCGCACGAGGCGUCAGCAAAGAGCUGCAGGGACGUGUCAGCGUCAAGAAACGUGGCCCGAGGCCCCAUGUUGUGUGGACACAUGCAGGUGGCGCGAACAAAAGUCUUGCGACUAGUGUAACAUUCUCUUCUACCCACCGGAGACUCGCGGGCAAGGUACUUGAGUUCCACAAGUAUUACCUCUGGACAACCAGUUUGUAA